CCGUGGCGAAACUUUCUUGACGCCUUCUAUUUAAAGGCUUGGGGCGCCCCCGCCCCGCGCGCCGGGAACCCAAGCAGCCCCGCGGGCCCUGGCAAAGUGCAGUCAGACGGAGAACACCGGGCGAGGCGUGGGCAGCUCCGACUCUGGCCAGGACAGGCGCGAUGGCGAGCGGCGACAGCGGACUCGCAGCCCAGGGCUUCCUAGGAUGGGGUGCAGACGAGGAGGUGGCCCAGGAGCUGGAGACGGAGGAGGAGUCGGAGGGCGAGGGGGAGGAGACGGCGGCCGAGUCGGAGGAGGAGCCCGACGCCAGGUUAUCAGAUGAGGAUGAGGAGGGCAACACCAAGCAGGAGUGUAUCGUCUCUGACCCGUCCUUUUCCAUGGUGGCAGUUCAACGGGAAGACAGUGGGAUAACCUGGGAGACCAACUCAAGCAGAUCUUCCACUCCUUGGGCUUCAGGAGAAAGUCAGACCUCGGGAAUAUGUAGUUUGGAAGGAUCAGCUCUGACUUCUCCUCCAGGAAGUGUUUCCUUUAUUAUGGAUGAAGUUAAAAGGACACGGAAAAGAACUCAGAAGUCCAAGCGUGGCUCACCAUCACUGCGUCGGAAAGGCAGCAAAAAAAGGAAUUCUCUGGAAUUGCAAGAUGUUCUGACAAACCAAGAAGAUGGUCCUUCAAUUUCAGAAAGCCCUGUGCUCAAUAUUGAGAAAGAAAAGUCAUCUAUUGGCACUUAUGAUAAAACAAGAAGGAAGAAGACUGCAUCAAAUACGCCUCCCAUCACGGGGGCUAUCUACAAAGAGCACAAACCAUUAGUGUUGAAGCCAGUCUACAUAGGAACGGUACAAUACAAAAUAAAGAUGUUCAAUUCAGUUAAAGAAGAGUUAAUUCCUCUACAAUUUUAUGGGACGUUGCCAAAAGGUUAUGUAAUUAAGGAAAUACAUUACAGGAGAGGAAAAGAUUCAUCUAUUAGUCUAGAGCCGGAUUUGAGCAAUGGCGGUUCUAAUAUAGUUUCCCAAAGGAAAUUAGUCCAGAGCCCAGAAGAAGACAAAGUAAGAGAGCUUGCUCCACCCUGGAGAGGUGCCCUCUCCAAAGGGUCCAGGACCUCAUUGUUUAAUCACGAAGAGCAAAAGAAAACGUAUGCCGAUUCCCAUUUAAAUGUUCCAACUUCAACAGAACACGCAUUUCCCUCUAAUGCCAGAAAUGAUACAGCUGAUCAAGAAGAAAAUCUCAGCCUUCCACAGAUGAUGCCACAACAGCUAGCUGGUGAAUCAAAGACCCACAGAACGGAGCCACCAAGCACUCCAGCAACCAUGGUCCUUGAAAGAGCAAAGGAAGAACUGGAGCAGAAUGCACAAGGAAAGGAAAGUUUAGAGGAUGAUGCUUCAGUCUUGACAGGCUCAGCCGAUGAUGUGCAACAGGAAGGCUUGGUUUCUGUCAACCAUUCCAUGCCAUGGGAGGCAGAGAAGGAGUCUUUGGAGACAGGACCACCAAGACCAGCGCCAGCCAUCCAAGAAAAGUUUGAGCCAGACAUGGAAGGGCUAGAGCCGAUUUCAACAGAAAAAACGGAACAAGUGUCUGAAUACGUGACCUCAUCUGAGCCCAUAGUUCACAGAGAGGAGGAGCAUGCGCCUGAGCCCAUAGUCCACAGAGAGGAGGAGCAUGCACCUGAGCCUGUGCCCAAAGUCCACAGAGAGGAGGAGCAUGCGCCUGAGCCCAUAGUCCACAGAGAGGAGGAGCAUGCGCCUGAGCCCAUAGUCCACAGAGAGGAGGAGCAUGCGCCUGAGCCUGUGCCCAUAGUCCACAGAGAUGAGGAGCAUGCGCCUGAGCCCAUAGUUCACAGAGAGGAGGAGCAUGCGCCUGAGCCUGUGCCCAUAGUUCAUAGAGAGGAGGAGCAUGCGCCUGAACCCAUGGUUCAUAGAAAGGCACAACAACUAGAGAGGGGAGUGGAAACUUCUACACCAAUCACGGAUACCACUGAACCCGAAGAUUCUAGUCUAGAAGAAGAGAUCAUAGAACUUGAUUACCCAGAAAGUCCUUUAGCUUCUAAGGAGACUUCCCCAUCGCCUUUGUCCUCUGAAGUAGAGCACAGAAAAGAGCCCAUUCUACCAACACAGAUGACAUUCACGCCUGAACGUAUCACUUUGUCUGAGGAAGAAAGAGAGGAAAACGAGUCUGUUUCUACUGAUUCUGCUUUUGUAUCUGAGUAUUCAGUCCUACAGGAUUUGAACCGUACACCAGAGAAGCUGGAAGUAGAGGCAGUUUCUGGAUCUGAUGUGAAAUCUAGCACCGAACCUGUAGUCUUUUCAGAGGACGAAGAGGAACGUGAGUCUUAUUCCCCAGCUAUGACCUCUGUAUCUGAGCAGUCCCUUUCUCCAUCCACCACUGAGAAGACAUCUGCCAUCCAGUCUCCACUCUUUUCGCCAGUCCUGUCUGGAGACGAGGCCUCGGAGAGCGUGUGUCCCUCACCAGAUUCUGAAUCUGCGGCUGAGUAUUCUGUCCCAGCACAUGCGCAAGAGUUGCUGUUGAAAACAGGUGACCACAAGCUCCCAUUAAAGUCCCAACAUGUUUCUGAGCCCAUUAUUCAGGCAGAAGAUGAGAAAGAAGAUAUUGCGCUACUUCCCCCAGCCGCACAGAGCCAUGCAGCUCUAUCGGAAGAUGAGGGUCUAGGAAGUGGAAGUUUCGCAUCAGAUUCAAAGCUGCCAUUUAAACCCUCGGUUUCACAAAAUGCAACACAGGAAUCCUCCCAAAAAACAAUAGAUGAUAUGCCCCAACUCAAACCAAAAGGCCUUUCUGAUCCUGCAACCCUGUUAGAAGAAGAGAAGGAAGCCAUUGGAGUUGGGCUAUCUUCAUCCAAUGAGGUCUCUGCAGCGGAAUGCGCUCUCCCUCCACAAACCACUGAGCUGCUUUCUGAAAGCCAUGUCCCACCUCCCUGGGCCACCUCAUCCGAACAAGUGGUCCAAUCAGAAGAAGGGAGCAGAGACCAGCAGCGGGGCUCAUUCUCUUCCACAUCAGAGCUUGGCCACACAUCCCCUCUGCUUCUAAAGGGUGCCUCCUCACCCACAGGUCUAUCAGAGCAAGGGCAGGAAGAGGACAAUAUUGGGCCCCUUUCCCCUGAUUCUGCAUUUGCGUCAGAAUUCUCAUUCUCACCCUAUCCAACUCAGGAACUAGAGAAGAGAGAGCUGGGGCGGGAUUCUCCACUGUGCUUAACGUCACCCUCUGAGCAGACUGUUUUGUCUGAUGAGGAUACCGAAGAGGCUGAACUCUUUUCUCCGGAUUCAGCAUCACAGGUGUCAAUCCCACCAUACAGAAUCGCAGAAACGGAGCAAAACAAAGUCGAGCCAGACGAAUUACUACCUACGAGGUCUGCUCCAGACUAUUCCUACUUCUCAGAGGCAGAUGAAGAAGAGGCGGGGUCCUCAGUGGUCACUCCUGUGCCUGACCAUUCUGAUCCAUCGCAGGAGCGGGAGGAGUCUUUCCCUUUUAGGCCUGUGUUCGAAGAUCUGAGCCUGCCAUCUUCAGCAGAUAAGACCGGCCAAGCAGAAACUAUGUCAGAUGUUCCAACAAUUUCAACCUCUGUGUCUGAAUAUCUCAUCCUGGCACAGCAGGAGAAAACUCAGGCAUCUUUGGAGCCUGAGACUGAAGAUUUGGUACCACCACCAACCAGUGGAUGGGAGAAGAGAGAUGCAAAGAGUAGUCUGCCAGCAGUUACAAUAGCAGCUUCCUCUUCUGCUCUCUCAUCAGUGGUAAAGGAAGGAACCACAUCCGUUUUGCCCACCUCUCAGUCCUCAGUUUCACCCGAGUCAACCUGUGUGCUUAAGCCAGAACAGGAACCCACAGCACCGCUCACUCUAACAAGUGCAGAUGAACAGAUGGCUUUGCCCAAAGUCAGAAGGGAAGAAGCUGUGCUGGAUUCUCAAGAAGCGACAGCACACGAAUCGCAGGAUCAGACACCAGAGCCUCAGCCCCCAAAUGUUCCAGGGUCUGGGAUGAAAUAUUCAGUUUUGUCUGACUUGGGAGAUGAGCCAAAGGCGGAUGUCAAACUCAAUUUAGCUCCAACUGUGACUUCUGAACUAGAACAGAGAAUGUUGUCAAAGAAUGAGCCUGAAGUGGCAAAACCACACUCACCUCCAGAGGAAACAUCUAUUUCUGGACCUAAGGUUUUAUCUGCAGUGAAAAUGGAAGUGAAACAGGAGUCCAAAAUAACUAGGGAACUUCCUGCAGCUUCACAGGGAAGAGAGAGGGAGGCGGAACACAGACCACCUGCACCACCUGCACUUCCAGCAUUGGCCGAAGAGAUGGGGAAAGACACAGAAGCCAGCUCUUCGGCCACCACAGUGCCAGUAACUAAGCUUGAUUCAAAUUCAACUGAAUUAGGCAGGGAUGAAGUCCUGACAGAUCCAUCUCUUGUCAGCCCUGAGGAACACCCAGGCUUAAAGGGAGUAGGGAAGAGCGAGUUAGGCAGCGGUUUGCCUUUGCCCAGCAUGUCUGCCUCAGAGGUGUUAAGGCCUGAACCCAAACUUCCUGUCAACUCAGGGGUUGAGGUAGAGAGAGAAGACAACGAGUCACCUCCAUUGCAAGUGUCACUCACAUCCAAACCCACAGUGCCAAAUGACAAACACGAGGAGAUAACAAGGUCUCCUGAUUCUGAAAAUUUAGUGUCAGAUGAUUUAGCCCCAACAUUACUGGCCCUCAGACAUGAGAUGAACAGACAAGCAGAGGAGACAUCUUCUUCAGUGCCGGGGAGUUUCCUGUCAGGAAAGCAAGAGCUUCUAAAGCUCCCCCCAGAGCCUGAGAAGCACAAACAGUUAUCAGAAGUACCAACUGCUGGGUCAGAACUCAUUGAUAGUAGAGAUAGAGAUAGAUCCUUAGGUAUAGAACCAGUAAAACCCAUCAGAAUGGAACCAGGGCCUUCUAUCUUAGAAAAGGGCCCCACUGAGCUUAGGAGAAGAGGAAAAGAACAAGAAGAAAACAGGGAGCUUCCUGUGCCUGCCUCAGCUCCAUUAGAGACUGCUUCUUUUGACCUCCCCAUUGAGCAAAAAGAGCCUAAGCGGACCCUUCAUGAGGGCCAAGCUGUUGAGGUGCCUGAUGAGAGCAGCUCUUCUGCAGAUAAGCCAGAGCUGGGUGUUAAACAAUUGGCAGAGAAGAAGGAGAAUUUGGAGCAACCCAAGCCAUUUGUGACAACUGAGCGUGCCAGUGUUACAGGAUCAAAAGUGAAAGAGAGUCUCAUUUCUCCAAAGGACAACACCUGGAUGCUGGAAAAGCCAGAUAGCUUAGUCAAUCAGCCUGAAGAUAGAAAACCAGGAUCUGGGCAGCUGGAGUCCUCUGAGAGCACUGAUCUGAUGUCAGAGAAACUUGGGGCUGCUCCACUGGAUACAGAUCACACAUCUGAAACCAGAAACCAAGAAGCAAGCAAAGCACCAGUGUCUGGUGAGAAGCUAUCUCAGGAACCCAGAAGGGUUCAGUCAAAGGCUGUAGAUGAUUCUGAGGAAGGGAGAAAGCUAGCCUCUGGCAAUGUGGAAGUACUCACCCAAAGUAAAUCUGUCCCUGCUGUGAAAGCAAAAGCCAUACCUCAACCUCCAGAGACCCCAGAGGUGACACAAAAGUCAUCUGAGAAGUCACUGGUCACUGACCAAGGUCUUCCUGCAGAGAAGGGAAAGAAAGGAAUUUCAUCUUUUAAAUCAUGGAUGUCUAGUUUAUUGUUUGGAUCAAGCGUUCCAGAUAGUAAGGUCUCUGACAACGAAGAUCUAGAAACUCGUCCAAGUCCCUCUGUAGAGAAAGCAGUACCUGCCAUAGAGCCUAAAGGUACAGUUCCUGCUGAGGUUAAUACAGCUGAGAAGCCAGCGGUUCAGUCAUUACCCGAGGUCACAGUUAAACUGGCUGAGGAACCCAAAGGUGUUUCAGUUAAAUCCAGCAUAAGUCAAGACCUUAAAGAAAAACUCACAUUUUUAUCAAACGAAGACGUUUUAAAGCAGCCUAAGUCUAACUCUGAAAACUAUGGGCAGAAGGAACUGCCAGGCUUCUCAGAAGGAAUGGGUGAAAGCUUAGCUACUUCAGUUGGUGACAAACAUCCUGGAAUUCAUCCUUGUUCCUCUAUGGGUGAGAAAGUGGGUAUGGAGGAAGCCCAAAACAUGGCUCCUCUUCAUAUUACUGAGAGCCAAAGAUGCCAGAAGCCAGAGGUCUCUCCUCCGUCUAUGUGGAGUAUUUCUGCACAUAAGGAAGAGCCAAGCAGUGAUCACAAGGAAACAUGGCUCUCGUCAUCUGACGUAGUAGAUAGAAUGCCACAGCAGCCAAAAUCAGCUCAGUCUGCCUUCACAAGGAUGAACUCAGAGGAACCAGCAUCAAUGAUUCUGCCAGUGGAAUCAAAAGGCAGUUUAAGUGAUCUUGGUGAAGACAGACUUAGACAAGAAAUGCCAAAGCCCACUUCUUUGGAACAUUGUGAAGAGGAAGUGGAACGUCCAACAGAGGAGAAGGAUGGCUGGGAAACUAGAUCAUUUUCCUUGGCAGGGAAGAGGGGCCUGGCAGAGAAGCAAGAAAUCAUGGCUCCCUUGGAACUCAGGGAAAAUGAAGCAGUAGGAGAGUUGCAAACGAUGCCGGAAUCUCGACCUUUCAAAUUGGAAGAAUCAAAAGCUGCUGAGAGGCUGGAACAGCGCAUCUCUCCAACUGAAAAGCUCAUGGAAAAACCCAGCAAGACUCUUGCUUUGGAUAGGAGAGAAAAGGAAGUGCAGGAAUGGGUAUUUUCAGAAGGAGAGAAUCAAGGAUACCCUCCUGCAGCCAUGCCUGUGCCUGGAGCAUCAGCUGUUUCUUUGGAUAAGGCCCAAGCACAUUUGCUGGCUAAAUCAACACCAGUUGUUGAAAAACCAGAACAUAUAGUCACAGAGGUAUACCCAGAAAUUAGGAAGAGAAAGGCAGCAGAAACCCAACCACAUCCCCAGGAAGAAGGUAAAACUUUAGUAGAGAAAACCAAGGUUUCCCGUGUGGAGUCUCCCCAUGGAGAGGAAAUGGAUGGCCAUUCUCUUACUCAGGAAGGAAAUCUGGAGUUGGAAAAGUCAAGUGAGAGUAGAGUGGAUCUCAAAGAGGAAAGGAGGCAGUUCGUGAUGCCUGAGUUGUCCCUUGGUGCUUCAGUGGCUGCGGAAGAUGGAAGUGUGCAGCCAAGAUCCCUAUCUAAGGAUGCUGAUAGGGCAUCAGAGCACAUGACUGAUGAAACAAAGCAUUUAGGAGCACCGCCAACUCAGCUGUCAGCUGUAGAACCACAAAGUCUUGUUUUAGGAACUUCUGUAGAACAUACAGUGAAGAAACAAGAAACAUGGUCAGACAGGCCCACAGUCCACACUUUCCAGACAUCUAAAGACUACACAGAAGAGAUGCUGAAACAGUCUGUUCUUAUUUCAAAGCAUCACUUGGAAGCUGUGGAAGAGGUGCACAGAAACGAACCGCCCUCUUCAGCAGCAAGUAACUAUACUCAGUUUAUGCUUAGUGCAUCAGAGAUCAGUGCUGAUGGAGUUCCUCCUAUGGGAGGCACAGCCCAGGAGCCUGAAGGCACCUCUGUGAAAGAUGAAGCAUUUUCAGUAACCAGCAAGCCAGCUGGCCUUUCAGAAGAUCAGAAGAGUGCCUUUAGCAUCAUUUCUGAAGGCUGCGAGAUAUUGAAUAUCCAUGCCCCUGCCUUCAUCCCUUCAGUGGAUCAGGAAGAAAGUGAAAAAAUGCAAGAUAAGUUACAGUAUUUGGAAGAGAAAGCUUCAUUUAAAAGCAUAUCUGUUCAUGAUGAGAAGAAGGCAGCUGCUUCCCAUAAAACACAGAAGAGCAAGUUAGAAGUUCCUGAUAGGAAAAUUACAUCACUGAGGGAAAAGGAGACAAAGGAAACUCAUAAGACAAAGGAGGAGAUAGCCACAGACUCAGGAAUGGGUGACUUCACACCUAUCCAACCCACAGUUUCUGGUGAAGAGGAUUAUUUUGAAAAUUAUACUUUGAUUGAUUAUAACCUCUCCCCAGGCUCAGAAAAACAGAAAUCCACUGUUGAGGAAUCCUCAGAGGAAGCCACCAAAACACUGACUUCUCUUCCAGAAAGUUCAGCCGAACAGGCCCUAGACCACGAAUAUAACUUAGUAAAGUUAGACGAGAGCUUUUACGGGCCAGAAAAGGAUGAUAGCAAAUUAUCUCAUGCAGAGAUGCAAAAGUCUUUGGCUAUCCAAAAACCAGAUGACAGAAAUGCUCCAAAGGGUAUCAGUAAAGAUGUGGACUCCAGGUCUCCUGGGAUGCCUUUAUUUGAUGUGGAGGAAGGAGUUCUGUCAAAAAGACAAAUAUUUCCCACCACCCCCAAGGCUGUCAACCCUGAGCUGCUAGAGGAGCCCCCAGCACUUUCCUUCUUCUAUAAAGAUCUGUAUGAAGGGGCGUGUGGGGAGAAAGAUGAAGGCGAAACAGCUUCAGAAGGUGACAGUGUGGACUCUGAGACAUCAUUCCCAAGGCGACAUUCUGACACUGAUGAUGGACCAGGUAUGUAUUUUGAGAAGUACAUACUCAAAGACGACAUUCUUCAUGACGAAUCUGUAACUCAAGAAGAUCAAGGCCAAGGUCUGGAAGAAAAGCCAGUUGGUGAAGAGGAUUCACAGCAACUGAGAGUUGCAGAAAGAGAGAUCAGGAGAAAGCCUGAAACUAGUUUUUGGGAGAAAAAUCUGGAAGAACAGCACAUGGUUGUUGGCCGGGAAGGAGAACCCACAGGCCACAUGGAGACCCUUGAUGAGGCGGCAAUGCAGCAGAAAGCUCCCAUUACAGAGCAAGUCAGAGCAGUCACCCAGAAGAUGAGCUAUGCAGUUCCAUUCCAGGACACCCGCUGUGUUCUGGAGAGCGAGCCAAGCAGCCAGGGUAAUGAGGCAGGAAAUGCAAGUCCAGAUGUCAAUCUGAAUGUCCCAGUACAAGUGUCUUUCCCAGAGGAAGAAUUUGCAGCAGGUGCCACUUAUGCUCCUGAAGUAUUGCAAGAGAGGCUAGUCCCAUCUGUGUCCCGGGAAGAGAGGCUCCACAAUACCCCUGUGCAGGAUGAGUAUGACUUUGUUGGCUCUCUGAAUCAGGAAGCAGCCAGUCAAGCCAUCUUACCAGAAGAGCCAGGUUCAGAAUCCUCACCCAAAGAGGUGUCAUCUCAAGGAACAGAAUCCUUUGAGCACAUCAGGGAGCAGGAGCUCACAAGUGAGGGGGAACCAAGAGUGUCUGCUUCACAGGAAGUGUGGGACAGGACAGAAGACCAGUCAGCAAGAGAAUCAGUGACCGCUAAGACACAAAAGGAACAGAAAAAGACUCAGGUUGAAUCUUACUGCUACACCUGCAAAAGCCUGGUCUCUGAAAUGGACAAGGCACUGGACAUUCAUAAAGACCACGAGGUUUCAGCACUCGACACAGCUAUAAGUGCUGUUAAGGUUCAAUUAGGAGAAUUUCUUGAUAACCUACAAGAAAAAUCCUUGAGGAUUGAAGCUUUUGUUAGUGAGAUUGAAUCCUUUUUUAAUACCAUCGAGGAAAAGUGUAGCAAAAAUGAGAAACGACUGGAAAUGCAGAACGAGGAAAUGAUGAAGAAGGUUUUGGCCCAGUAUGAUGAGAAAGCACAGAGCUUCGAGGAAGUGAAGAAGAAGAAGAUGGAGUUCCUGCAUGACCAGAUGGUCCACUUCCUGCAGAGCAUGGACACGGCCAAGGAUACCCUGGAGACUAUUGUGAGAGAGGCGGAGGAGCUUGACGAGACAGUUUUCCUGGCUGUGAGUACCAGCAAACAGGCCGAUAACUGCUGCAAGGCUGGCAUAACGUUCUGUUCUCUUGUCAGGCUGCUGUCUGCCAUGGAGAGCACGGCUUCCUUAGAGAACAUGCCUGCCGCGUUCUCGCUUUUCGAACACUAUGAUGACAGCUCGGCGCGAAGUGACCAGAUGUUGAAACAAGUGGCUGUUCCACAGCCUCCCAGACUAGAACCCCAGGAACCAAGUUCUGCUACCAGCACAACAAUUGCAGUGUACUGGAGCGUGAACAAGGAGGAUGUUGUGGACUCAUUCCAGGUAUACUGUGUAGAGGAGCCUCAGGAUGAUCAAGAAAUAAAUGAACUGGUAGAAGAAUAUAGAUUAACAGUGAAGGAAAGUUGCUGCAUAUUUGAAGACUUAGAACCCGAUCGAUGUUAUCAAGUGUGGGUGAUGGCUGUCAACUUCACCGGAUGUAGCCUGCCCAGUGAAAGAGCAAUUUUUAGAACAGCACCGUCCACACCUGUGAUUCAUGUAGAAGACUGUACUGUGUGUUGGAACACUGCCACUGUCAGAUGGCGGCCUGCUAACCCGGAGGCCACAGAGACCUACACUCUGGAGUACUGCAGACAGCACUCUCCUGAGGGCGAGGGACUGAGAUCUUUCUCUGGAAUUAAAGGACUCCAGCUCAAGGUUAACCUCCCUCCCAACGACAAUUACUUCUUCUAUGUGAGAGCCACCAAUGCCUCUGGGACGAGCGAGCAGAGCGAAGCUGCCCUCAUCUCCACCAGAGGAACUAGAUUCCUCUUAUUGAGAGAAACAGCUCACCCAGCUCUCCAGAUCUCCUCGAAUGGGAUGGUGAUCAGCUUCUCUGAGAGGAGACGGCUGACGGAGAUCCCCUCAGUGCUGGGUGAGGAGCUGCCUGCCUGCGGCCAGCAUUACUGGGAAACCACCGUCGCAGACAGUCCAGCCUAUCGACUCGGCAUCUGCGCCAGCUCAGCUGUGAGGGCUGGUGCCCUGGGACAGGGGGAGACCUCAUGGUACAUGCACUGCUCUGAGCCACAGAGAUACACAUUUUUCUACAGUGGCAUUGUGAGUGAGGUGCACGCAACCGAGCGUCCAGCCCGAGUGGGCAUUCUGCUGGACUAUACCAACCAGAGACUUCUGUUUAUAAACGCCGAGAGUGGACAGCUGCUCUUCAUCGUGAGGCACAGGUUCAACGAGGGCAUGCACCCCGCCUUUGCCCUGGAGAAGCCUGGGAGAUGUACUCUGCAUCUGGGCGUAGAGCCCCCAGAUUCUGUCAGGCACAAGUGAUCCUGGGCAUUCAGAGUUUAUCAGAAUAUGAGCAAGAGUUGGGGUUCAGACCUAUCGUUCUGUCUCUCAGGCAAUGUGCAUUAUUUAGAUAGUCUCCCACACACCUGCACUGACGAGAGCUCCGGGUGCCGCAAUCAGCAUUCAAGCAGAGCCAGGGACCCCGUGCCUCAUGGAGCAGUGUGUGACUGGAGGGGUGGAAACACAGCCUUCACCCUUGGUUCACAGUUGGAGUUGUUCCUAAGUUCAAAGGAUUUAUACUUGACCUGAACCAAACCCCUAGAAAAGGACUUGUGUCUGCUCUAUCGGUCAAACAAAUUCCCUGGUGGCUAAGUCAGAGGGGAGGGAGAUGUGUCCCUGGUACACCUCUUACUAAGGGACAUCGACUUUUUUCACAAGAAAAAUGUCACCUUACUUCACUAGAGGAUAAUGAACCCUAGUCAUUAGAGAAAAUGUUUUAGCUGAUCUAAAUUUACAAUGGAUUCUUUUAUUAUCACAUGUGCUGUAGAAUGUAAGCCUCUCUUCUCUGAAAGUUUAAAUGUAGAAAAGUACUAGAUAUCAGAGAUUUCCAUUUUGUUAAAUAAAUGGCUAGCAUCUUAUAAAAUAAAA